CCAAUCAGAGAGCAGACAUUGUGAUUUGACCCAGCCCUUCUUCUACAGCGGAGCGGUUGACGGUGCCACGGUUGAAUUUCAAUACCGAAAGUGUCCCACGGUACGUACGCCGCCGAAAUGGCUGCUGCGGCUCCAGAAGAAGCACCCAAACUGAAUGCUGAGAGCGACGUACAGUCCGUGGAGUCAAGCGAGGGCAACGGUGAGGAGGAAGAAAAGGGCCGCACCGAACCGGAAACGGUGGAGCAACGCAGUAGUGUAGAACUGAAAAUGGAAGAGGUAGACGCGAAGGCCGGCGAAGAGAAGCCCGCUGCAGCGACAGACAAGGCCGCUAGCGAGGCGGUGAUAGACGACAGUGCAACAGUCAUUCAGGAGGCGGCGGAACCCCCUGAGGAAACGGAGCAAAAGCCAGAGCAACAAAGCCCGGGAGAUGGUAACAACGAACCCGCUUACGAUAGCGCAAUGACGGAAGCUAAGAUGGAACCGGGAGAGGACAGCCGGUGUUCGGGGAUAGACUGCGAGAAGAGCAAAACAGUUUGUGAAGAUAGUGAGAAGCCCAGUGGCGGGGGCGGGGACCUGAGCGACAAGCGGCGGCCGAGUGUGGAGAUAUCGUCCUCGGAUGGUGAACCGCUGAGCCGCAUGGACUCGGAGGACAGUAUCAGCAGUACCCUGAUGGAGAUGGAGAGCACGGUGUCAAGUGGGCGCUCCACCCCUGCUAUGAUGAACGGACAGAGCAGUGCCAGCUCCUCUGCUGCAAAGACAGUAGCUUAUCCCUGCUGCUGGGACCUCUGUCCGCAGUGCUUCAGCUGUAGUCCUGAUCUGGCAGAGCAUAUCAGGGGCAUACAUGUGGAUGGGCAGAGAGGAGGGGUGUUUGUGUGUCUAUGGAAGGGUUGUAAGGUGUAUAAUACUCCAUCCACUAGUCAAAGUUGGCUCCAGAGACACAUGUUGACCCACAGUGGAGAUAAGCCCUUCAAGUGUGUAGUUGGUGGCUGCAAUGCCAGCUUCGCUUCCCAAGGAGGGCUAGCUCGUCAUGUCCCCAGCCACUUCAGCCAGCAGAGCUCCUCCAAAAUGUCCAGCCAGGCCAAACUCAAGGAGGAGUCGCCUUCCAAGGCUGGGCUCAACAAGAGGAAGAAGCUCAAGAACAAACGCAGGUGCUCCCUACCAAGGCCUCACGACUUCUUUGAUGCCCAAACCAUGGAUGCCAUCCGCCACAGGGCCAUCUGUCUCAACCUCGCCACCCACAUUGAAAGUGUGGGCAAUGGCCACAGUGUGGUCUUCCACAGCACGGUGGUAGCCAGAAGGAAAGAGGGGUCUGGCAAGGUGAAGGUCCUCCUGCAUUGGACACCUGAGGACAUUUGUGCACUCAGCAUGAUGGCCUUCCUGCAUGUCAGGGCCUGUUAUAAAUCUCCCCAACCUUCUUCUGUUGGCUGAUCCAGUAUUUGUUGUGGAGAUCUCACAGUGUGAGGAGUCCAGGUCCCCUUAUAGUCCAUAUCAUACAGGGCCCUAGGGCUCUCCUCAAAGGGAGCUCAGUGUAUCGGCUCUUAUUUUCAGCCAGGAUGAACAUACUGUGGGAUAUGUUGUGAUACUCGUGUUCGUGCCUGCAGGGGACUGGAAUUGGUCUUUAGAAAGUCUGUCUCUGUCUGCUGUUGGUUCUGUACCCUGUGCUUGGCUUGGUCUUUCUCAGGUAAACCUUGAGUUGGUCCACCGAAGUGUUAGAAACAGGGAUCAGAAUCCAACAUUACUUCUUUUUCGUGAUUCUCAAAUAAAAUUUUUAUCAAUUCCCAGUUUUUGAUUCCAUCACAGUAUUUUGGCGUGACCUCUGGAUGAACUUGCACUAAAGAAAUCAUUCUCAGCCCAUUGGGGGAUGAGCCGCUUCGCACGAUCCUCACUAGCUGCCUACCCAGCUUAACCUCAUCGGGCCCACUCGAGGUGAGGCUUGGCGCAACUUAAACCCCCGCUCAUUUAAGCAAUUGGGCAGAAGGGCACGCAGGUUCCGGUACUGCGCUUAUAAAAUGGGUCUGUGUCAUAGAAAGAAAGAGCUUUACAGAACACUGUGAUAUUCAGCAGGGCACUUUCUCAGGGGAAGCUCCCACACACUUCCAACACUCCCACACCUCCAUUAACUGCACAGCUUCUGAGGAUGAGGGGAAGAAUGAAAGAGGGUGAAGGAGGUGGGAGAAGAGAAGAAGUAAGGAGAAAAGGAUGGGAGUAGGGAGGGUGGGGUUAAAAGAGGGAACAAGAACAAGGUCAAGGGAGACAAAGAAGAGGUUGGAAAAUCAAGAGAAUAACAGCAAAGAUGGCACUGGGCGAAGAGACAGCGAUGAAGCAUCGUGAAGUAGAUUGCAGUUGACAGCUUCCGUUGAACAUACUGUAGCUAAACCCUUGUUCUCUCAGCCCUCUGCUGCUUCAUCCUCCCAUCCUUUCUUUUCUUCUUUCAUUUUCCUCUCUCUGCUCCACCUCUGCUCUCUCCUCCUCUCCCAUCAUGUGGGAGUUUAAUCUUGUGCAUAUAGAAAUAAUGAGGUAAAGGGGGAGGGAGAGAGAGAGAUGAAGUUUGGUGAUCAGUAAGGACUGCUCAGAUUACUUCCAAACAGAGAGACAUAGAUGGAGAUUGAUACUGAGACCCAAAGACAGAUUGAGGCAGAAUGAAUGAGGGAGAGAAUGGAGGAGACAGAGAAUGGAGGAAAGUGAGAAAUGAGAGUGGGAACAAAAUGGUUUUGGAAGAGAGAUGUGAAGAGGCAGAAUGAAACCGGAGAAAGUGAAUGAUAGGGAGAGACUCAAACAGAAAGACAGAAAACAAGAGCGAGAUGCCUUUUGGCUAUAUCAAAUCAGUGAUGUUACUGUCUCAUAUAUUUGGCCUUCUCUGGCCAUUAAUAUGCAAAAAAAAUCCAUAGCAGAAAGUUUGAGGAAAUAUACAAUGAUAUCUUUAAAUUGUGAAGGUAGUUGUUUUAUUUCCCGACAGAUAAAAGCUGACUGGGAGAUUUAAGCAUAUACAGUAUGUAAGGCUGCACAAUACGUAUUUGAAUAAAAUACGUAUUGUGCAAUGGCCAGUAGUAAUGAGAUAACCAUUUUUUGUUGACUCCUUUUAGAAUAAGGAUCUUGUAAAAAGGGAUCUUGGCCAUUAAGCACUGGACGGCUACAUACUUGUUAUUCUGUGGCCACAGCUGUGUCACAGACAUGAUGUGGUAGUCAUGUUACUAAAGAGACUGUUUUUCUUGUAUUGCUUUGUGGAUACAUUUAUUUCUAAUAUUAUAAGCAUGAUAAGGAGAAAUGCAAAGAUAUGUGCUCACAUUAUAUUUCAUCGAUAUUACGAGAAGAGAGAAGAGUUUUACAAUGAGAACUACCUGAGCUCUAGUUUAGGUAACCUUGGUGGAGUGACUGGGCUGUAAAGAGAGCUGCACAGAGCUGCACAGGGUAACCCAAAUUCCAAUAGACUGCAGCUAAAUAGUUGAACAAAGAUUAUAGCUUACAUUAGAGGAGAUGAACCCACUGUUUAAUCCAUUCAUUACAUUUUUGCUUUUGUAUUUUCGGUCUUAGAAUGGCCACAAAAUUGCCAUGAUGCACAGCCUUUAAAUGCUAGGUAUCAGUACAGCCUCAUGCACAUCACAGGCCUGAAAUUUCUGUUCGGAGGAGGGAUUUACUGAACGUAAAUUGUUUUGAGACGGAGUUAUGAGUGUCAGUUCAGCCAAGUUAAUAUUUAGUCUUUGACUCAGUGUAAUGUCCUGGUGUCUCACAAGCAAUAUGGUGGUCAUUUAUACUGCAUUCAAGUGUUGUGACCCUCGACGCUGAGGUCAAGAUCAAGUGCUACACAUGUAUGUUUACCAGUCACUGAGUCAAUGAUUAACCAAGUGAAUGUGGGAAGUCAUGUUUAUUCAUGCCGGAGCAAACCAUUCACGUCCUGGCUGACACUCAUUAACUCCAUUUGGAUUAAUGAGUAACUGAUUAACAUGAACCAUUCUGAUGGGUGGUGUGAGAGAGAUAGAGAGACCGUAAUUGCUGUCUAAUCUUUGAUGGAUGAGUGAAUGGAUUCCCCUCACUGUUGAAUGCUUUAGAAUAAUUGUGGAAUACACACUCAGUGAUGUUGAACGCUUCGAGCCAUUAUAUGCAUCCCAACACAUCAUUUUGGACAAACACGUUGCUUAUCAUUCACAACAUUGAUUCAUCACUUAAACAUUUAUCCAUUUAUCCAUCCAUUUACUUAUUUAUAUAUUUAUUUAAUAUUUAGACUGUUCCCAAAGUGCACAAGGAAUAUCACAAGCUAGUAUGGCUAAUGUAAGAAUACGCAUUCUAAUUUGCUAACAAACAGUUAUUAUGUAUUGG